AUGACAGGAAAUGAACUUAAGUAUCUUGUUCCACGCUCUGCGAGUCGAUUGGACAGUGGAGAUGUUUUUAUUCUGGAUCUGGGUUUGACUAUUUACCAGUGGAAUGGUAAAGGCAGUAAUAAGGAUGAGAGGAUGAAGGCCAUGCAGUACAUCCUUAAACUGAAAGACGAGCGAAACGGGAAAGCUCGUUCAGAAGUUCUUGAUGAUGGCUUAUUAUCAAAGGACCAUGAGUUUUACCACGCCCUGACUGAAGACGAUGUUCCAGAUGAAGCAGAGAACAUGAAGCCGAAAGACUUGACAGUGGAACUCUUCAGAUUAUCUGAUGCCUCGGGAAAUCUGACAUUUAAAGUAGAAAAGACUGGGUCAGUAGCCACAUCUGAUUUGGACAGAAGGUGAGUCUAUGUACAC